CCCCGCCCUCCGUUCGCUCGGUGAAGUGCGCUUGCCCGACUCCACCCCGGUCGCCCCCGUGACUCGGGUCACGUGUGUUUUCCUGUUCCGCAGCGCCUGCCGCUUUCUGUCCCCUUCCUCCUCGGCCUCCUUCUCGGCCUCUUCUUCUGCCUUCGCAGUGUCUCUCCUCUAUCUUCCAAAGUCAUUGGCAUCACAAUCAAGGGACCAAAAUGACAGAAUUCUGGCUGAUUUCUGCUCCUGGGGAGAAGACUUGUCAGCAGACUUGGGAGAAGCUGUGUGCUGCAACUAUCAAGAAUAACAAUCUCUCCACUAAUUCCAAAUUUAACAUUCCAGAUCUAAAGGUUGGCACCCUUGACGUUUUAGUUGGCUUGUCAGAUGAACUAGCUAAACUGGAUGCAUUUGUGGAAGGUGUUGUCAAAAAGGUGGCACAGUACAUGGCUGAUGUGUUGGAAGACAGUAGAGAUAAGGUUCAAGAAAACCUUCUGGCCAAUGGAGUUGAUUUAGUCACCUACAUAACAAGGUUCCAAUGGGAUAUGGCAAAGUAUCCAAUCAAGCAGUCUCUGAAGAAUAUUUCAGAAAUAAUUGCCAAGGGAGUGACUCAGAUUGACAAUGAUUUAAAGGCAAGGGCCUCGGCAUACAAUAGUUUGAAAGGCAACCUUCAGAACUUAGAAAGAAAGAAUGCAGGGAGUUUGCUAACAAGGAGCCUGGCUGAAAUUGUGAAGAAAGACGACUUUGUACUCGAUUCUGAAUAUUUGAUUACAUUGUUAGUGGUUGUACCAAAGUUAAAUUUUAAUGAUUGGAUGAAGCAGUAUGAAACUUUGACUGAUAUGAUAGUCCCACGAUCCAGCAACGUUCUUUCUGAGGACCAGGAUAGUUACCUCUGUAAUAUCACUUUGUUCAGGAAGGCAGUGGAUGAGUUCAGGCACAAAGCAAGGGAAAACAAGUUUAUGGUCCGUGACUUUCAAUAUAAUGAAGAAGAGAUGAAGGCAGACAAAGAAGAAAUGAACAGGCUCUCUACUGAUAAAAAGAAACAGUUUGGACCUCUAGUUCGAUGGCUGAAAGUUAACUUCAGUGAAGCUUUCAUUGCAUGGAUUCAUGUGAAAGCACUAAGAGUUUUUGUCGAAUCUGUUUUAAGGUAUGGGUUGCCAGUUAACUUCCAGGCUAUGCUGCUUCAACCCAACAAGAGAACAAUGAAGAAACUGAGAGAGGUUCUCUAUGAUUUGUACAAGCACCUUGACAGCAGUGCGGCAGCAAUCAUUGAUGCAACUAUGGACAUUCCAGGUUUAAACCUGAGUCAACAGGAAUACUAUCCCUAUGUGUACUACAAGAUAGACUGCAACUUGCUUGAAUUCAAGUAGAUGGUUUAUGACCCCAACCCACCCUCCCAUUGUGUUGGUUUACAAGCAGCAAAGGUUGAAGAAUGGCGAUGCUCCCAACUCUCUUGUAAACCUGUGCUUGCUUCUUUCUCCCUGCGCAUAGGAGAACCCCUAGUUGUCCAUAUCUCUUGACAUUUUCUUUUUUAAAAAGAGAAAUGUAAGUAUUGCUUUUAAUUGAUCAGGUCUGUAAAUGUAUAUUGAGAGAAUCAGAGAGUGUAUUUAUAAAUAGUUCUUUAUUUAAAAAGUAAAGAAAAAUUAUAUCUUGUCUGCUUUAAAUACCGUGGUCUGUAUCAAUUCCAUUGACUUUCCUCCAUGAAGACCUUGUUUACAAAGGAAGAUAAUGGGAGAAGUGUAUGCCAUUUUCACUGUUUCAUAGAUGAUAUUGUAAACCUUGUUGUUGAAUUGUGUUGUAAAAUAUGUGGAGACUGAUAUUCAGUCGGUGCUUUCUGAAUGUUUUAAAUUUCCAAGAUGUGAAGCAUUGGAAAUAUUCACAGGAGAAAAUAAAGCACCUGUACAACUGUA